AUGAGGCUAUUUCAGCUUUUUGCGCGAUUUCUCUCGCUGUGGUUGGUGCUGUUUGGCACACCGACCACGGCUCUCUCACUAGAUAUCCAUGAUAGCGCAUCCCUGAAAGAGGCAGCGAGUACCGCAGCCCGCGGAAUGCUGAAGUAUUAUCAUGGCAACGAACCCGGCCAGACCCCAGGAACACUGGAUAACACGUGGUGGGAAGCGGGCGCGAUGUUCAUGACACUGGUGCAAUACUGGCGUGUUAGCGGCGAUUCCUCUCACAACGACAUUACGACGCAAGGGCUUCAAUGGCAGGCCGGAGAUGAUCAUGAUUACCUACCUGCCAACAGCACUGCAUACCUGGGCAACGAUGACCAGAUGUUCUGGGGCCUCGCGGCCAUGACCUGUGCAGAGACUAAAUACCCCGAUGUCUCCGAUGGCCCAUCGUGGCUGUCCCUCGUGCAAGGUGUUUUCAACAACCAAAUCCCGCGCUGGGAAAUGGAAACCUGCCAUGGUGGUCUGCGAUGGCAGAUCCACUCAUGGCUGCCCGGGUAUGACCUCAAGAACACGAUUUCAAAUGGCGGGUUGUUCCAGAUAGCAGCCCGCUUGGCUCGGUACACAGGGGACCAGAAGUAUGCCGACUGGGCAACCAAGAUCUGGGACUGGAUGGCUAGCAGCCCACUGCUGGACACAAAGACGUGGAAUGUUGCCGAUACGACGUCUGUGACUAACGAGUGUACGACGAAUGGCAACGAGCAGUGGACAUACAACUACGGGACGUUGCUUAGCGGGGCGGCAUAUAUGUACAACUUUACAAAUGGAGACCCGAAAUGGCUCGACGCCGUCGAUGGAUUACUCAACGCCUCCCUCCGAAUUUUCUUCCCGCCGAUGUAUAACAAUGGUACCGUCCUGUCCGAGGUAUCCUGCGAGACAAUCGAGACCUGUGACAGGAAUCAGAUGUGUUUCAAAGGGUUCCUGUCCAUUUGGAUGGCCUACACAGCCACGCUGGUUCCAUCCACCGCGGAGCGGAUUACCCCCCGAUUGCAAGGGUCGGCGGAAGCCGCAGCGAGGCAGUGUUCCGGGGGCGAGGAUGGGACCGAAUGUGGGGUCCGAUGGUACGAGGAUAAGUGGGAUGGGAAGAAUAGUUUGGAGACCCAGAUGAGCUCCCUGAGCAUUUUUACUGCAAAUCUCAUGCUUCAGUCGGAUGAGCAGCCUGUGACUUCUACAACUGGAGGCGAGAGCAAAAGUGACCCAAAUGCAGGGACCGGAGGAAGAUCGAGGAAGGAUGAGCCGCCUCGCAAGAUUACAAGCGGUGAUCGAGCGGGCGCUUGGAUUAUAACAUUGCUGGUGGGUGUUGCAUGGAUUGCUAUCAUUGUGUGGUUGGUUUGGUAG